AGGUUCAGAUCAUUGUUUUUAUGAUUAAUGAAGCUUCCCCUGUUUCUUCAUUGUGUCUACCUUCUCCACUGAUUUUAAUUUCCAAUACUAAAGUCUUGCAUUGAUUCUAUUUCCGUCAAGAAAAGUAUUACGAUAGAUAGCGACCAUGACGACUACUGCGCACAAGCAAAAUCACCGGAUGGCUUCUGUGGAAGCUGGGGCCACCGCUAAAGUAGCUAUGAGUCCUUCGACCGUUGCCACUGCGUCAACACCGCCAUCACCCGCAAGUUCGGAGGAAAGUGCUGUUGUUGUAGCUCCGACAAAGAACGACAUUCCGGCUCAGCUCGCUGAGGCUGUUUUAGUCAAGAGCACCGAUUUAAGUCGUAGCACGCGGCGGCCAGUGGGUGGCUACGAUUUCAACGACGUUGUAUGUCCACCUUCCAGUUGUACAGCAAGGUCAUCUUUCUCGAAAGAGCUGCAAGAAAAAGAAGGUGUUUCUCCUUCUGCUCCCUCCUGCAGUUCUUCAUCUGCAAAAGGCUUAGCAUUUGUGGACUACGAGAAGCUUUUGGACAGCUAUUUGACGAGUGGGUUUCAGGCUGCGAAUUACGGGAAAGCGGUGUUGGAGAUCCGCCGGAUGUUAGAGUGGUCCUUGGCGUCUGAACCUGUUGCUUCUGAUGAAGACGAAGAAUUCCGUGACCUGGAGAAGCGCAAGAGCGUCCGAUGCAAGAUUUUCCUCGCCUACACUUCGAAUCUGAUCAGCAGUGGGUUGCGCGAACCUCUUCGGUUUUUGUUCCAGCACAAGCUGAUCCAAGUCGCAACAAGUAGCGCUGGCGGCAUCGAGGAGGACCUGAUCAAGUGCCUGGGAGCCACGUAUGACGGUGCAUUUGACCUAGAUGGAGUCGCUUUGCGUAAACAGGGACUGAACCGGAUUGGAAAUUUGCUCGUGCCGAACGAGAACUAUUGCCUGUUCGAGGACUGGAUCUCACCGAUCCUUCAUGCCAUGCAUGACGAGCAAGAGAGGGACGGAGUCAUCUGGACACCCUCGACCAUGAUUCACCGUUUUGGCAAAGAAAUUAAUGACGAAAAUUCAGUGUGCUACUGGGCCUACAAAAACAACAUUCCGCUCUUGUGUCCCAGCAUCACGGACGGAAGCAUCGGCGACAUGCUCUACUUCCAUACGUUCAAGCGACCGGGGCUCGUCGUCGACGUGGUGGCAGAUAUCAAGCGUAUCAACGACGAAGCAAUGAAAGCACGCAAGACUGGGGUUAUUGUGCUGGGAGGAGGCAUGGUAAGCGUCCUUUGAAAUUUCCUACCGUUCGAACUUGUGCCUCCUCUACUACCUGCACUAGAUGCGUCCUGAAACGUAAUAUUGCGUUGACGUGCUCACAUCUAGAUUGGUCAACAUCACAGAUUCUCAGUCGAAUUAUCGGACCACAAUUAUAAGUAAUCACCUACUUACAACAAAAAAUUUUACACAUGAUUCAUCAGGUGAAGCAUCACACCAUGAAUGCGAAUUUGAUGCGUAACGGAUGCGAUUAUUGUGUUUACGUGAGCACGGCCCAAGAAUUCGACGGAUCCGACAGUGGGGCUCGACCCGAUGAAGCGAAAUCGUGGGGAAAAAUCCGUGUGGACGCCAAACCUGUGAAGGUAUAUGCCGAUGCGACGCUUGUAUUCCCGCUGAUGGUCGCCCAGACCUUUGCCCAGAUGCGCGAUUGCUGGCCGAGCGCGGCUGGCGACGAGCCCAUCAUCUACGACAAGGAUUACACUGCGACCGAGCAUGAGGCGGAGAAAGCGAAGUUAGGAUCACCAGAUGGAUCAGUACCGGAAGCAUUGAACCAGUAAGUUGCGUCAAGGAUUUAUCCUGGUGCUGAUGGACUUAAUCAUGUGACCGCCUCACUUUCAUGGAAUGCGAAGAAAGAUGGGCAGUUGAUGCCAUCGCGAGUGGACUGUAUGCAUGCACCUUCAAGCUGCUUAUUACCGGAGCAACUCGCGCUACUUCCCAACCCGCUACUAAUGUCAAAAACUUGUUUAAAUUCAGAAUGAAUACUCGAU